UACCAUGUGGGAGGAACUCUUUCCUAGCAGCAGUUAUCUGAAUGACAGUAGGGACAUGCUUCAUUGUUUAAGUUAGCCACUGUUAACUGUAUUUAUAAUGGAAGAAGAAGAAUCUGGAAUUCAUGAAGUCGAGUGGAUUUACUAAAACGAGGAUGUUUUGCACAGAAAAAUUACAGACGCAUCUGCACUGACUGCACUGGCCAUUAAUAUUAUUUAAGGAUCCUCAGGAGGUGAUAAGCAGUGGGGGCGAUGAUGCAGCGUCUCCUGUCCCAGAAGAUCUUAUGGCAGGCGGCCGCCAUGCGGUCUGUGGUCAUCUGCCCAGCAGCCCGUGAGCAGUCCGCUGUAGCCUCAGCUUUAAGGAAACGGGCCCCAUGCUCGUGUUGGCUGAGCACAUCGGUGACAGUCAGGACCGCAGAAAAACGCAGCCCUGACCCUAAAGAAGAAGCCCAGGUUGCUCCGCCCACGAGUCUGGCUGGGGCCAACCCCACCUACCAGUCAGACUCGCCACAGAUGCCUGGAUCUUCCGCAGACGCAGACCCCCUCCAGGACAGAUCCAUCGGUCUGGUACAGAGGUUCAAGAAGACCUUCAAACAGUAUGGCAAAGUCAUGAUACCAGUGCAUCUUCUGACAUCCUGUGUGUGGUUUGGCUCCUUCUACUAUGCUGCUAUGCAGGGAGUGAACGUGGUCCAGUUUCUGGAGUUUGCUGGAUUUCCUGAAAAAAUCGUUAGUUAUUUAAGGGAUUCCCAGAGUGGCUACGCCAUCACAGCCUAUGCUAUGUACAAAAUUGCUACACCAGCCAGGUAUACGGUGACGUUGGCCGGAACCUCCAUUUCUGUAAAAUACCUGCGGAAACACGGGUACCUCUCCACCCCGCCACUUGUCAAAGACUAUCUCCAGGACAAGAUGGAGGAGACAAGAGAGAGGUUCUCUGAGAAAAUGGAGGAGACGAAGGAGAGGUUCACCGAAAAGAUGGAGGAGACGAAGGAGCUCAUCUCAGAAAGAAUGGAGGAGACAAAAGAACGUCUUUCAGAGAAGAUGGAAGAGACCAAGGACAAGUUUUCCGAAAAACUGCAGGAAACCAAAGACAGGAUGUCCUUCCGAAAGAAAACUGAUUAGCUCUGUGUCUGUGCUUUGAAAUGCAAGCAUGUGGUUCCCAUGUGUGUCCGUAAGUCUACUGGGUAACAUUAAUUCAUGUAACUUCUACGUGGUUCUGAGAUUCGACCAUUGAGUGUCAAACACAAAAAAACAUGCAAUAGAACACUGAGGGACUGAAAGCAGUUUAUAGCUUAAAAAUAAUUUGUUCAAAGUGAUGGCUACCUUUUAAAGAGAUCAGAAUUGUGCCAAUAUGUUGUAAUCAGUUGUGCAUAAAAUUGAAGCGAUAUACUGUUUUAGGGUAUUUCAUUUAUGGAGUGCAGAAACAAUAGCACUAAACUGCAGUUGUGUA